GGCCCAGGCCCCGCCAAUUCCCUUCAACCAGCUUGAGCCACGCCCAGCCCCGAAGUUGAGGGUCUGGAAAGGCAGGAGGACUACAACUCCCAGCAGCCCCCGUCUCCGCAGCUCCGCCCCCUCCGAUUCUCCAUUGGCCGGGGGGUGAAGUGGGGAUUAGAUGGGAGGUGGCCAAAGGGCUGCCGCGGGGGUUUGUCCCCUCCUCGGCUUCCGUAGAGGAAGUCGCGCGGACCUGUGUUUGGGGUUUCGGUGUCCCCCCCCUUCCCCUUCCCCGGGGUCCGGGGGUGACAUUGCACCGCGCCCCUAACGGGGUCGCGUCGCCACCCCACGCGGACUCUCUAGCUGGCGUGCUCCUCCCAUUUGCCUCUCUUGGCCAGGCCUCCACCCCGCCCCCAGCUGCCAAGCAAUGGGGGCCGCAGUGUUUUUCGGAUGCACUUUCGUCGCUUUCGGCCCGGCCUUUGCGCUUUUCUUGAUCACUGUGGCUGGGGACCCGCUUCGUGUCAUCAUCCUCGUCGCAGGGGCAUUUUUCUGGCUGGUUUCUCUGCUCAUGGCCUCUGUGGUCUGGUUCAUCUUGGUUCAUGUGACCGAUCCGUCAGAUGCCCGGCUCCAGUAUGGCCUCCUGAUUUUUGGUGCUGCCGUCUCUGUCCUUCUUCAGGAGGUGUUCCGCUUUGCCUACUACAAGCUGCUUAAGAAGGCAGAUGAGGGGUUAGCAUCGCUGAGUGAGGACGGAAGAUCACCCAUCUCCAUCCGACAGAUGGCCUAUGUUUCUGGUCUUUCUUUCGGUAUCAUCAGUGGUGUCUUCUCUGUUAUCAAUAUUUUGGCCGAUGCACUUGGGCCAGGUGUGGUUGGGAUCCAUGGAGAUUCACCCUAUUACUUCUUGACUUCAGCUUUUCUGACGGCAGCCAUCAUCCUGCUCCAUACCUUUUGGGGAGUUGUGUUCUUUGAUGCCUGUGAGAGGAGACGGUACUGGACUUUGGGCCUGGUCGUUGGGAGUCACCUACUGACAUCAGGACUGACAUUCCUGAACCCGUGGUAUGAGGCCAGCCUGCUCCCUAUCUAUGCAGUCACUGUUUCCAUGGGGCUCUGGGCCUUCAUUACAGCUGGAGGGUCCCUCCGAAGUAUCCAGCGCAGCCUCUCGUGCCGACGGCAGGAGGACAGUCAGGUGAUGGUGUAUUCUGCCCUGCGCAUCCCACCCGAGGAUUGAGGGAACCUGGGGGGGGACCCCUGUGCCUGGGGUGCUCCCCUGAUCUCCUCGCUCUGUAUUUCUCCAACUCCAGUUCUGGACAGUGUAGGUUGCCAAGAAAAGGGGCCUAGCUUAGCUGUUGCCAUGAAGAUGAAAUUAAUGGAGACUCUGAGUUUCCUAGUACCCCCUCCCCAGACUGGACUUCUUGGUCUUUUUCUCAGGUCUGAGGGGAACCAUUUUCGGUGUGAUCAGGACCCAAAAACUGCCUUUUUCUUUUUUUUUCUUUUUUUUGGAGAAGGGGUAGGGAGGAGGUAUGUUGGACUUCUCACCUCCUUGGACUUAUUUUCCCUCCUCAGAUUGUUCCUUAUGGCUGGGCUCAUAUUUAUCCCCAUUUCCCCAUGGUCCCAGGCCUUGGGGGAAAGGAAGGAAAUGCAUGUUUGGGAACUGGUAUUACUGGAACUAAUGUUUUAACCUCCUUGACCACCAGCAUCCCUCCUCUCCCCAAGGUGAAGUGGAGGGUGCUGUGGUGAGCUGGCCCACUCUAGAGCUGCAAUGCCACUGGAGGAGUCAGCCUACCAUGACAUCGUAGGGAAGGAGGCCAGAUUUUUUUCUAGUUUUUAAUUGGGAAUGUGUGGGCUGGGGUGGGGAGGUUUUCUAUAAACUGUAUCAUUUUCUGCUGAGGAUGGCGUGUCCCAUCCUUUUAAUCAAGGUGAUUGUGAUUUUGACUAAUAAAAAGGACUUUAUAAUUGUG